AUGAUAACUACUUUGGUUACCUUCCUCUUGCUCCUGGUAGAGGCUGGCGCGUCUCAAACAGUCUGUGUGACAGGAGCAGGGGGCUACGUGGCGACAGAGCUGGUGAAGCAGCUGCUUGAGAAUGGUUUUCACGUCAAGGGAACAGUGAGAUCCCUGAAGCAAAAAGACAAGUAUGCCCACCUGGAGAAAUUGGACGCGGCCCUUCCAGGCACCCUUAAACUCCUUGAGGCCGAUUUGCUUAAGCCCAACUCCUUCGAUGCCUGCGCCGAAGGCUCCAAGUAUGUCUUCCACACCGCCUCGCCGUUCCACUUCGAAGCCGCGAACACUUUGAAGGAUAUGAUCGAGCCUGCACGCAAUGGUACGGAGAACGUCUUGAAGUCUGCUAUCAAGGCCAAAGCGGAGCGCGUUAUUGUAACGAGCUCUUUUGCUGCGUCCAACUCCUUUCUGCCAGACGACAAGCCAGACUCUGGGACUCUCUACUCAGAGGAGGACUGGAACGAUUUCAUCGAUGAGUCCGUGUGGAAAGACAACAAGCAGCAGGCCUACAUCGCAAGCAAGUCCCUCGCAGAGCGGAAAGCAUGGGAACUUGGCAAGAGUCAUGGAAUUGACGUGGUUGUCAUUCAGCCGGUGCUCGUCAUGGGACCUGUGCAUGCUCCAAGGGUCGAAGGCGUGUCAGUUGGCACCAUGAAGAGCAUCAUCGAAGGAUCACCAUUGCCAUUUGCCUUCCCUUGGUGUGAUAAUCGUGAUGUUGCCAAGGCACACAUCCAGGCAGCAGUGAAUCCAACAGCCUCUGGCCGAUACAUUGUGGCACAGCCCAACACAAUUCCACACUCCUACGUCUACGAGGUCCUGUCCAAGGGGCUGCCACAAUUCGCUUGGGCAAAGCCGGAGAAGGAGGAAGCCCAGAACCCCAUGAUCGACAAUGCAAAGAUCAAGGGCUUGAUUGGGGGCUUGUACCCGCUGGAGAGCACGAUUCUGGACAUGGCGAGGUCUCUGAUCUCCGCCAACCUCGCCACGCCUAAGCUGAACCCCAAGACCGAACUCUGA